UCCAAACCCUCGUCCCCACGGCGGCGCUUCCGGCGGCGGCGGCGGCCAUGGACAUCCUAGGGCCGAUCGGCCCCAUUGACACCAAGAUGGCGAUGGAGAUCCAACGCCAAGGCGUCUUGGCCCGCUUGCUCUCCUGCAUCCACUACAUCCUCCCAGACCCGCCCGUGUCCGCCGCCGCUCGCCUCUUCGCCCUCCCCUCGCACGACGCCGUCGACCGCCUCAGCCACCUCCCCGACGCGCUCCUCGCAGACGUCGUCUCUCGUCUCCCCGUCAAGGACGCCGCCCGCACCGCCGCGCUUUCCCGCCGCUGGCGCGGGGUCUGGCGCUCCGCCCCGCUCGUCCUCGUCGACGCCGACCUCCUCCCCGUCGAAAGCACCGCAGGCGCCCGUGCCGACGCGCGCCGCGUCACCUCCGCCGUCUCCCGCGUCCUCGCCGCGCACCCGGGGCCCUUCCGCUGCUUCCAUCUCACCAGCAGCUACUUGGAGGAGUUCCAUGGCCCGCUCACGCGCUGGUUCGACCUCCUCGUUGCCAACGGUAUCCAGGAACUCGUCCUCGUCAGCCGCCGCUGGCCGCUCAACAUUGUGCUCCCCGCUACCUUCUUAGACAUGGCCACCCUCACCCGCCUUUACCUCGGCCUCUGGAAGUUCCCUGACACGGCCGGCCUCCCGCGCGCCGCCUCCUUCCCCAACCUCCUGGAGCUUGGGCUCUGCGGCAUCUUCAUGGAGAGCAAGGAUCUCGACUACAUCCUCGACAGGAGCCCCGUGCUCGAGACGCUCUAUAUCGAAGCCAAUCUGUUCAAGCUUCGCCUCCGCCUUGUCAGUCAAAGUCUCCGGUGCAUUCUGCUCAUUGGGUGCUUCUUUGAAGAAAUCUUCGUGGUGAACGCCCCACGCCUUGAGAGGCUCAUCCUUUCGGAAGCUUCUACCCCUGACGACAGCUGCACCAAGGUCAAGAUUGGCCAUGCCCCCAACCUCAACUUGUUAGGAUGCUUGGAGCUAGACCCAGGAACGCAAGUCCUAGAGGUCGGCAACACCGUAAUCAAGGGCAGGACAAAGGUGAGCCCAAGCACCAUGGUACCAAGUGUGAGAAUCUUUGCAUUGGAGGUGCGUUUCGGGGUCCGUAAUGAUGCCAAAAUGAUUCCCAGUGUUCUCAGAUGCUUUCCUGAUGUUGAGACGCUCCACAUCAAGUCUGGAGACACUGAUCAAUCCACUGGCAAGCUCAACCUAAAGUUCUGGCAUGAGUCUGGUACCAUAGAAUGCAUUCGGUCGAGCAUCAAGCUGCUGGUUCUCCAUGAUUUCCGAGGGGAUCGAAGUGAGCUUGCCUUCCUCAGAUAUUUCUUUGAGAGUGCACUGGUGCUGAAGGAGGUGGUGAUUCUGGUGGCCGCCAGUUUCACUUUGAUGGAAGAGGUGGAUUCCAAAGUGGCGAGUUUGAGGACCAUGAAACGGGCCAGUAAAGCCUCCUCGGUGCUGGUCACUAGCUGUUCUGAUCCUGAAGGAGGUUUCAUUCGGAGCAUCAAAAGAGGAUCUGAUUUUUCUCUCCGUGACCCGUUUGCAAACUACGGAAGUCAGUAAGCCACAACAACUAUGUAUUUCGUCUUGCAAACUAAAUUUCUCUGGAAGUUGUUAACAUUCUGUUGCUCAACUCUCACGUAUGUGCAUCCAAGGCACCGUUUGAGAUUUGUUGAAUGUUUGAAGAUUCGCCCAGCCUCUUGGUUCUUCUAGCGUGUUAAGCUCACAUGUCAAAGUUAGUAGUAGAAUUGUUGGUUCUCACAGCUACCAGUCUGUUGCAAUCAUUGUUUUUUGGCUGGCAGUUGCGGACUGCUGUUUUCA